GACAAAAAAAAUUUUGCCUUUUCUAGUUGUUCUGCCCUGAGAGUUCUGCCUUUCUUGGAUUUAUUUUUGUUUCAAGAGGUGGUGCAUAAUAAUCGAUUGUUUCCCAUUUUUAACAACGCUUGUCAAUCAAUCUCAGAAUUUUCACCACCCCAUUCGAUUGUGCUCUUUUUGUAUUUAAAUAGAGGAAAACUUACGGGAAUCAUCGAAAUGGUACUAGAUGCUUACGACAUUUAUUCGACGUUGUGGAGAUACAUCGUAAUCAGUGGACAGCAAAGCCUGGUUGUAGAAGGGCUGAAGACCUGCAAGUCGGACGCUGAAAUCAUCGCCUAUGUGCGUCGGAUUGCUGACAAUAGUGCCGGGGAACCGUUCGAAUUGAAAGACUUGAAAGGUGAUCGUAAAAAUGAAGCUAAAGCAGUUGAUUGCCGUAAACUGGGCAAUGAAAAAUACCAUCCCAAAGUCAAGGAGUACGUUAAGGCUAUUGCCUACUAUAACGAAAGUAUAGCGUUGAGUGAAGAGGGCUCGGAAUCUUUGGCAAUCGCUUAUGCAAAUCGAUCAGCAGUGUGUUACGAGUUGAAAGAAUACAGUGACUGUUUGGAGAAUAUUCGAUUGGCACGUGAAAACUCGUACCCCGAAAACUUACUGUACAAACUGGAUAAUAGAGAAAAAGAUUGCUUCAAACAUUUGGCUGAAAAUAACGAUCAUAAGUUGUGUACACAAAACGACCAGCGUAACCCAAAGCUUAGCUACAAGCCAAACCCAAAAAUUCCACACAUAUCAGAAUGCAUCGAACUAAAAGAAGACGACCAAUUUGGAAGGUAUUUAAUUACCAAUCGAAAUCUGAAUGCAGGUGAUAUAGUGAUUGAGGAAAAACCAUUUUCCUCAUUACUUGUCAACGAUCAUCGUUACAUGAAUUGCGAUUAUUGCCACGAUGAUAAGUUUUUAACACUGAUUCCGUGCAAAUGCUGUACCGUUACGAUGUUCUGCUCAACAAAAUGCCAGCAAAAGGCAAUGGACAACUAUCAUCGCAUCGAAUGUUCCGUUAUUAAAGAUAUGCAACUUCUUUUCACUAAAGUUAUUUUGAUGGCAUUGAGAACAACGACGACUGCUAUCAGUACGUUUGAUUAUAACCUCGAAGAACUACGUCUGUAUGUAGAAUCAAUCGAUGAAAAAUCCUUGAAUCCAUUCAAGUUGGAUUGGACCACUAUCGAUUCGAAACAAGUUUAUAGCACAAUCCACGUACUAGCCACCAAUCAGGAUUCACGCAGUACAAGUGACAUUGUACAGCGUUCCGUUUAUGCCAUAAUCAUGAGUGAACUUCUUUUCCAACACACUGAGCUCGGUAAACUUUGUGAUAAUAAUGAAUCUCAUGACCUGAUCCGGACAUUGUUAUUCCGUCACGCGCAAACAGCCCCAGUAAACAUGCAUUCGGUAAUGUUUAUGGAUUACACUCCGAAUGAGAUUGAGAAGUACUCACAGCUCAAACUGGGCUGCGGUUCAUUUCCAAUUCUAAGUAUGAUCAACCACUCAUGUGCUCCGAAUCUCGUAAGAAUGACUUUGCCAAAUGGACACGUGGUCGCAUUGGUAAAUCGACCAAUUAAAAAAGGAGGCCAACUCUUCGACAACUAUGGAUAUCAUCACUGCUUGGAUACGUUAGACGAACGUCAAAGUGGCCUUCUUGGGCAGUACUGCUUCCGAUGCCAAUGCGAGGCAUGCAAACUGAAUUAUCCACUGUAUGCAAACUUGCCGCAUGCCAAAUUGCCGCCCAGCAUGAAAAAUCCCAUCGACUACGCCGAAAUGGAUCGACUGGCCGAACAUGAUAUGACAAUAGCGCUGCGCAAAAUUCCAGAAUACUGUCGCUUUCUCAACAUGUUGGAUUCUCAAUACCCGAAUUACGAAGUAAGCUCCGUGCAGGAGGCACUGCUGCGAUGCUAUCAAAUAGUGUUUGCCAAACAAUCUCGAAAGGUUAGAUAUAAGGAUCUGUGUUCUCUAUAAAUGAAUCUUUUGUGCGGUUAACACGUGAUUGUUUCUGUAAACGAUUUUAUUGUUAUAAAAUAGGACAAUUAGCUAACCUUGGAAGCUAGGUCAGUGCCUUAAAAAGUAAAAAUAUAUUUUUUCCCCACAAAA